CCCAAAUAGAAAAAUGGACCAUCAUUUUGGGCAAAUGGUGAUGAGCCUCCGUGUCUCAGAGCUUCAGGUUCUUCUGGGGUAUGCAGGCCGCAACAAACAUGGAAGGAAGCAUGAACUCUUGACCAAAGCGCUACAUUUGUUGAAAGCCAGCUGCAGCCCUGCUGUGCAGAUGAAGAUCAAGGAGCUCUAUCGCCGCCGCUUCCCCACAAAGAUGGUGUCCCCAUCAGACCUCUCCCUCCCUGGCCUACACUCCACCACUGGAGGUGCUCCCGCUGGCAUGCCCACCAGCCUGACACAGCUGGGAUUCGAUGGGCAUGGCUCACCAUCUCUACUCCCUGUCGCACUACUCGGGCCAAAGCACGAGCUGGGCCUGCCCCAUCUGCCCUCCGCCCUUCACCCAGUCCAUCCAGACGUCAAGCUCCAAAGGCUGCCAUUCUAUGAUGUACUCGAUGAGCUUAUCAAACCCACCAGUUUAGCCUCAGACAGCAGUCAGAGGUUUCAGGAAACAUGUUUCGCGUUUGCACUAACGCCUCAGCAAGUUCAGCAGAUCAGCAAUUCAAUGGACAUCUCUGGGACCAAAUGUGACUUCACCGUGCAAGUACAGCUAAGGUAUGAUAAGACAACAGGAUAUCUUCCUCCAACCAAAAAUGGAGUGGAGCCAAAGCGGCCGAGCAGACCCAUGAACAUUACCUCCCUGGUUAGGUUGUCUACAACAGUUCCCAACACCAUUGUUGUGUCAUGGACGUCGGAAAUCGGAAGGAGUUACUCCAUGGCAGUGUACCUGGUCCGUCAGCAGUCCUCCUCAGUUUUGCUACAGAGACUACGGUCAAAAGGCAUUAGAAACCCAGACCACUCAAGAGCACUCAUCAAAGAAAAGCUUACUGCCGACCCUGACAGUGAGAUUGCCACUACCAGCCUGCGAGUCUCCUUGCUCUGUCCGUUGGGAAAGAUGCGGUUGAUGAUUCCCUGCCGAGCGCUCACCUGCUCACACCUGCAGUGCUUUGAUGCUACGCUCUACAUCCAAAUGAAUGAGAAGAAACCCACCUGGGUGUGUCCGGUCUGCGACAAGAAAGCCCCAUUUGAGCACCUUAUUAUUGACGGGUUGUUCAUGGAGAUCCUGAGCAGCUGUGUGGACUGUGAUGAGAUCCAGUUUAAAGAAGAUGGCAGUUGGGCUCCUAUGAGAUACAAGAAGGUGGUACAGGAAGUGUCAGCCUCAUCAAAUGGCAUUGAAGUUUUGUCAGACCACAGAAACAGUUCGUCCCAUGGCAGUAGCAGUAAGAAAUGGGAGGUGAUUGACCUGACGCUGGACAGCUCCUCUGAUGAUGAUUAUGAUGAUAACGAUGAGCCUCCUCUUAAAAGAGCCUGUCCAUCUCUAUCACCAACCUCCCCGCCUGUCAACAAAGGAGUGUUAAAUCUGCAUCAUCAGGCUUCUCCAUUGGCACGGGCUCCCAGCAUGCCAGCAAUGGAGACAAACUAUAUCCCUCCCCCUCCUCUCAUUCAAGACUACCAUCACUAUUACCACACACCCAAUGACCUCUCAGAUCUGAAUUUCUUCUCAUUUUUACAAGGGGACAAUCACCAGCAUUAUAACAUGGUCAUGGCCGCUGCAGCUGCCGCCUCAGCUUCUGCGUCAGAAGACCACGAGCUGCUGUUGAACCGCUUCAUGCCCUAUGGUUCCUCUCAGCUCUUCCUGGAGCAGUCGGGGACGCCGGCGAGCAGCUCGCUAGUGCCAGCCAACGGCAGCGGAGGCAGCAGCAGCGGAAGCAGCAGCAGUCUGGUGUCCUCCAGCAGUCUGAGAGACAGCCACCCACACAGUAACGUGUCCCACUCGCGCUCAGAUGACACCACCACAUCCGUAAUAUACGGCUCUAUCCCUGAUGUAAUUUCACUGGACUGACCACACCGGGGCGCCCUGCAAACAGACAAGCCUUUAUCACAAACAACAGGAGGGCGCAGAAGGAGCUUUGUGCACUUGUGAUAGGAUUUAGAUGUGAAUUGGAUGGAAGGUGGGGAGAAAAAAAAAGAGAACAAAGACUUUUGUAAAGAGAAGAAUAAAAUUGCUGUGUACAGAGAAGAAAAAUCUAUUUUCAGUUUUACUUUUGUAUAUAAACAAUAGGACGCUGCCUACCCCAGUGAGUGACUUCAGUUGGUAUUUUCUCCAUGGAUACUGAAGAUGUUUUUCACUGCUCUGUGUGUUGUUCCUUGAUUUAUCUUAUUCUGUACCUUUUAUACUUUUUGCUAUUUUAUUUCACUUCAAAUAAUAAUUUCAGUCAAAGUAAUAGAAUGGCAGUCAUCUUUAUCAUCAGCCAUUGUUUGAUCAGCGAGGGAAAAUCACGUUAUUUAAUGCUAUUAUCCUGUGCAGGUAAUUUAUUGCUUUUAAGUUAUGUAGGAUGUAUGCUGUACAGAAGCAUUCCCUUAUGCCAAUACAGAAUCUAGCCACGACAUGCUUGAAAAGUCGACAGAGGUCACAUCUUA